CACAAAAUAAUUUGACGAAACGUCAUUUAAAAAAUUGAUUAAUAAGAAAAAAAACAGAUGGCUGAAAAGAAUUUAACGUUUGAACAUUUGUGUGUGUAUGCUGAUCAAGUGUUCGGCAGUGAAAACUGGUCACAUGUAAUCAAAAACCAAACCAUUGAUUUCGAAAAAGAAGAUAAGACUAGGAAAGUUACGAUAGGAUGUUUUACAAUAGUGAGAGUAAGUUAUCAAGAUGAGAGACAUCACGAAGGUGUUGGAUUUUAUGAGGGUACUUUUGAGACAAAAGGGACAGCUUUUAAAGAAGUUAGAACGAAAUCUUUGGUUGAUGCAAUGUAUAAUACUCUUAUCAGCUUCAAGGAAAUUCGUGAUUAUUUUGAAAAUCUAGAGAAGAAGAAAGUGGAGCGUAUUAAACGACAAAAUGAACUAAAACAACAAUGGAUUUCUAAUAAUUUCGAUUCCAAGAAAACAAUGAUAAAUGAAUCCGAGAAUACUCAUCACUUAAAAAUUAAAUUAUAA